CUUGAAAAGAUCGGCGAGUUCUUAGGCUGACCUGCCAAGAACCACAGUUGUUCGCGUGACUCAAACACCUGCGGACGAGCGGAACGCAGGAGUUACAGAGAGUCACAAACAUGAAGUCCGCACUCUUCUGUUUACUUGGGAUUGCGCUGGUGGGAACUGCCGUGGCGCAGGUCGUGAGCUUGGGCAAAGGAUGCAGCGAUGCGGAUGCCGAGAAGUGCAACCUCGAGUUCCUCACGUUCGGCUUCAGCUCCAAGCUGCCAGACACCGCCUCCAAGAUGGCUGACUACUGCAAGAAGCGAGUCAAGGCGCUGCAGUGCGCUCUGAACUUCACCGACCGGUGCCUGAUCGGCUUCUACCGAGGCACCGCCUUCACCGCCAUCAACACCAUGCGGGAGGAAAACGACCGCAGGUGCAACACCACCCACGUGGAGCACGCAGGCUUCCUCCAGCACGCCAAGUGCCUGAACAAGGCUGGUGACUCCAUCCACAAGUGCAUCGUGAACUUCAAGAAGGAGUUAUUCACCACCGCCAGGAAUGCCGAGACGAAGAACCGCAUCCGCUACGGCUGCUGCGACUACACCAAGAUGUUCCACUGUCGCGAGAAGAACCUGCGGGACAAGUGCGGCGACGCGCAGGCCAUCCUGUUCGCCCGCAACGCCGGCGAGCACAUCCUGGGCAACGCGCUCAAGAUCUUCUGCGGCGGCUACACCACGGAGUCCAAGUACUGCAAGGCGCUGCCCAAGCUCCCCAAGCUGCCCUCCAACACCAGGGUCCCCAAGAGCAUCAUCGUGCUGCUCAAGACGUUCGCCACGCUAUAACCGGUGUACGCGCGUGAAGCGCACACUUCAUCAUCGUCAUGCCUUGUCCUCAUCUUCACGGACGGGUGACCUCGCACAGAAUGGCAAAAAAAAAAAAAAGGAAGCCUUGUUCUCAGUAAACACGUGUCUAUAA